AUGCCAUACACCGGCGAUAUACCUAUAAGGCUGGUCCUGAAAGGCACCCCAAGAGAGAUUGGCCUCGCACAUGGUCGCCAGCUCCAACACCAAAUCAAAGACCAACUGGAGAUCUACCGGGAAAUGUUUGAAUACACUUCCAAAAUGAACUGGCCCCAGGUGCGCGCACUGGCAGAAGAGUUCCGCGUGACGGCAGAGCAAAACACGCCCGAGGUCCACGCGGAGAUGCAGGGCAUUGCGGAAGGCGCGGGGGUAGAUUUGCUUGAUAUCAUGGCGUUAAACUGCCGCAGUGAGAUCUCUUUAGGAAGAUUCUCGGACGGAUGCACGGCGCUGUCGUGGAAGACGAGUGAGCAGGCCAGGGUCUUGGCGCAGAACUGGGACUGGACCACGAGCGUAGGGAAAAACAUGGCGAUGCUGCGGAUUGAACAGACCGAUAAACCGGUCAUCCACAUGGUAACUGAGGCAGGCAUUGUUGGCAAGAUCGGAUUCAACAGCGCCGGGGUUGGCGUCGGUCUAAAUGCCAUCAAAGCACCCGUGUGUGACAGCUCGAAAGUUCCCAUCCACGUUGCUCUCCGGCUGUGUCUGGAGAGUGACUCCGUCGACACAGCCCUAGAACGACUUACGUCCCUCGGGGGUGCGGCUUCGAGCCAACACAUUCUGCUCGCCGACAGCUCGAAAUCACUUGGACUCGAACUGUCCCCCCUGGGCGAUGUUCAUCUCGAGGAGGAUCGGAAUGGUAUGAUUAUACACACAAAUCACUUCAUCGCAAACGAUCGUGUGCAGGAACCGCCAUGGCUCCCAGGCUCCGCGGUGCGACUAUCGCGGUGCCAACACCUUUGUGACGAACUCAUCAAGGCAGGAGUUGCUGGAGACAAGAUUACACCGAGGCUUCUGAGAGAAAGGGUAUUCUCAGACAGGUACAAUACUCCAGAGGCCAUCUGCUGUUCUGAGGACCUAUCGUUGCAUCCAACACAACAAUGUUCAACGUUAUUCAACAUCGUGAUGCAUCUGGGACCGGGCCAUCUGGGGGCCGAGGUCGUUUUCGGGCGUCCUGGGUAUGAGGAGGAGAGUAUCGUGGUCAAACUACCAUGUAGUCUCGAGGACCAAGAUCGCUGA